GUACCUCCUGACCCGUUUUCCUAACAGAGAAACGAGUUGUCAGACGGUCCCUAAAAAAGAAAACAGUCUCUAUUGUUCCAGCACCCGCUCUGCCUGGACGGUGCACUGCCGCCUGUGGCCGCAGAGGGCGCUGCACGCAUGGCAGGCUGGGCUCCGCGGCCUUCACAUACAUCUUUUUGUCUGAGAACUGAUCCUCUGCCGCUCUACAGUGUGUGCGAUAGCCUCGGAGCUGCGUCCGUAACACACUGUCAAACCACUCCAAACGAAUACUACCGCGACCAAAAGCAUUAAUUCUACACAUUCUGCCAUGGCGUUUCUAAUCUGCCGGUAAAUCGUUUGUAUUUCUGACUGUUCGCUGGAACUUAGUCCGGGGUUGAAACGGGCUUGCUUUCUGUGUGCAUCAGUCUUUAUUAGCGAGCUGCCGCUCUUCUUGCUAUCAGCUAUUUCUUUAACUUUUUAAACACUCAGCUUCGCGAAUGACUGAGCGCCGGCGGAGUAUGGGAUCCUUGGUGUCUUAAGAAGCGACUGAAGUGGGGUUUAACCGUUUUUGCAUGCAAAAACAAUGGCAAAUUCGACGGGGAAAAAUCUACUAGAUCAGCGAAGGAAAGGACAGGCUUUCCUGGACGAGCUGCGGCAAUUUCACCAAAGCAGAGGAUCGCCUUUCAGGAAGAUUCCUAUCGUGGGUGGGAAAGAGCUGGACCUGAAUGCUCUCUAUAUCAGAGUCGUCUCUUUAGGUGGAUUUGCUAAGGUCUCUGACAAAAACCAAUGGAUUGAACUUGGAGACGAGUUUAACUUUCCAAGGAGUUGUUCCAACGCUGCAUUUGCUUUAAAACAGUACUACCUUCGAUACUUGGAGAAGUAUGAGAAAGUGCACCACUUCGGCGAGGAUGAUGAAGAAGCGCAGCCGGGGAACCCCAAAGCCUCUCUUCCAAUCGGUGCAAUUCCCAGCUCCUAUAACUACCAGCAGCACAUUGUAUCAGACUAUCUCCGCCAAAGCUAUGGACUGUCUUUGGAUUUCGUCCCGCCGUGUGACUACAACAAACUGGUGCUGUCUCUCCUUUCGGGGCUACCCAACGAAGUGGACUUUGCUGUUAACGUUUGCACACUGCUCUCCAACGAGAGCAAGCACGCCAUGCAGCUGGACAAGGACCCCAAACUGGUCACGUUGCUGCUGGCCCACGCCGGCGUCUUCGACGACUCGCUAGGCAGCUUCUCCGGGGUCUUCGGGACGGACUGGAAGGAACACACCUCCCGGGACUUUAUCAGGUUCUGGAAGGAGGUGGUGGAGGACGUGGAAGUCAGGGAGCUGAUCUGGGACAAGAACAGCCCCGCACAAGAUGGCGUGUCGUGCGAGGGGCGCUGGCAGAGCCUCUUCCACCCGCCGCGGAACUUGGGCAUCAGCGACAUGGAGGCCCAGCGGGUGCUGCAGAUUGCCGUCAUCCUGCGGAACCUCUCCUUCGAGGAGGCCAACGUCAAGCUGCUGGCGGCCAACCGAACGUGCCUGCGCUUCCUUUUGCUCUGCGCCCACUGUAACCUCAUCUCACUCCGACAGCUCGGACUCGACACGUUGGGCAACGUGGCUGCCGAGCUCCAGCUGGAUCCCGUUGACUUUCGGACAACUCAUCUGAUCUUUCACACCAUCACCAAAUGUUUGAUGUCCAGGGACCGGUUUCUCAAAAUGAGAGCCAUGGAAAUCCUGGGCAACCUCAGCAAGGCGGAGGACAACGGCGUGCUGAUCUGUGAGUACGUGGACCAGGACUCGUACAGGGAGGUAAUAAUGCUGCUCACCCUGCCGGACCUCAUGCUCCUCAUGGCCUCUCUGGAGGUGCUGUACCUGCUGGCCCAGCUCGGAGACAUCCCCUGCAGCAAGAUCGCCUCCGUCGACCAUAGCAUAGACCUGUUAGUGCGGUUAGUAUCGGUGGACCUCCAUACGUUUGGACCCGACGCCCUGACGGCGGUGCGAUUGAUCGAGCAUCAGGCCAACGCCGAGCAGGCGGCCGAGGUCCGGCCACAGCUGGUGGAGCAGGUGCCUGCAGCCGCGCAGGGAGCAGCAGCGCCUGUAACGAGGGUCCCAGUUCAAUCCACUCCACCGCCACCUGGUAUCGUUGAGCUCGAUGGGGAAAAAUUUACACUGCAGUGGCUGAACGCACACUUUGAGACAAACCCCGAGGGCUCGGUGCAGCGAUCAGAUAUUUACUCGGAGUACUUGGCCACGUGCAGUAAAAUGGGACGAAGCAACAUCUUGAACUCCACCGGCUUCCUCAAGUGUCUGCGGACUGUGUUUCCCAACCACACAAUGCGGCGGCAAGAGGAGACCAAGGCCACCGGUCAGCUUCAGAUUCUCCUGGUAGGGCUGAGGCGCAGGUCGAUCCCCCUGCCCGUCCAGCUGUACUACCAGCAGCCUCAGCAGCAGAAUCCGGCAGCAGCUCCAACGCCUCCAGCAGCCCCCGGAGACCCCCAGGCCCUGCCUCCAGGCUUACCUCUUGGGCCUCCCAGCCUUGGAGCCCAGUUUGUCAGGGCCCUGGGCCCCAGCCUCAGCACCCCCGGCGCCGCCCCAUCCAUGGCCUUGACUGCACAGGAGCCUCCUCAUCAAAGCCACCCGACUGUUUCCCGACACCUGGUGCCCCCGCAGUUGCCGCCCAAUCCUCUGGCGGCGGUGCAGCAGCAGGUCCGACCUGGUCCAGUGGUCCAGAUUCCGACGUCGGCACCGGCCGCCCAGAACCACAGCCCCCAGAACCCCGGCGCUCCUCCCGCAGCUCAGCAACACUCCCCGAUGCUCCCCACGGGGACGCCCGUCACGCUAUUUCAGCAGGUACCGCAGGGCCACAUUCUCACCGCCAGGGUGCAAGGCGUGUGCCCUCCGAUCACCCAGCACCCGGCCCUGCCUCAAACCCCUCUCCUGUCUGGGCCUCAGGGUGACGCUCCCCAGGCGGAGCCCCGGUGCGUUGCAGGGACCUCGACUCCCUCUUCUUCCAUCCAGGCGGGGGCCGGUCAGGCGUUUAGUAUCGCCGGCGUGCCCAAUAACCAGGGCUCACGCGUUACAUUUCAGAAUAUCGCCCCCAAACCAGCGCCAAGCCAGUCAGGUGGACCAGCAGCCACGAUGGCCACUCCCAACCAGCAGCCUCAACAGCAGGCGCAGAGUGUGGUAAUAGUUGGCCCCGACCCCCAGCAGAGCCCAGCCUACACCCCUGCCAUACACCAGAUCGUUCUCGCCAACCCCUCCGCCCUUCCCGGUGCCCAGACUAUCCAGAUAGCAGGGCAGCCCGGAGCUGCUUCCAGCCCCUGGCCGCCCCCUGCUUGUCACCCCAACACCCAUCCCAAUCAAACUGUCAGCCACGCACUGUCCAUGAAGCCCCAUCAACAGCCGCAGCUCCAGUUUAUUUCCCCAAACCCCCCCUCUCAGCCUACCUCCACCGAGUCCAGCUUGAUCAAACAGCUACUGCUUCCAAAGCGAGGGCCUUCUACUCCGGGAGGGAAGCUCAUCCUGCCCGCUCCACAGGUGCCCCCCCCCAACAGCACGAUAGCCCCAGGUCCACAGGUCAUCUACCAGACGAGCUACAGCGCCCAGAAUCCCUCUCCUCAGCCUCAGCAGCUCAAUGUCCAGCUGGUUCCUGGUCAGCUUCCUGCUGCGGGAGCCCCAGCCCUCCAGACGGUCCAGCUCUUGCCCGGCCAGCUCAUUUCCACGAGUAGCCCCGGGGCGGCUACCAUCAUCCAGGGCCCCACGGCGGCCGGACAGGUUACGUUCACCGUGGUCCCCAACACUGGCUUCACCUCGACCGCCGCGGUGGCCGCCGUCAGCCAGGGCGCCGUGGCCACCGGAGUGCCCCCGCCGCCGUUCUCUGCCGCGACGGUGGCCCACCACGCCCCGGCCACGCCGCCGCCGGCUCCCCUCAGAGGAGACAAGAUCAUUUGUCAGAAGGAGGAGGAGGCCAAGGACGCCACGGGGCUGCACAUCCACGAGCGGAAGAUCGAGGUGAUGGAGAACUCGUCGCUGGCGGACGGCGACUCCAACGGCAAAACCAGCAACGGCGACGUCGCGGCAGGUGCCAAGCUGCUAAACGGUCGGAAGUGCAUGGAGUCGAAUCUACCUCCAUACCACUCAGGGAACAGCCAGGGGGCGCUCAACGGCCCGCCCACGGAGGGCCACCCUGCUAACGGGAAGCAGGCCCUCUCCCCCAGCCCCAACGCCCCUCCGGAGGGCAACCCCGACCCCAAAAAGACUCUAGUCAACGGGGUGUGUGACUUUGACCGGGGUGACGGUGGUGGCAACAUAAACAGAAACAUUCCAAAUCACAUUGCUUCCAAACAGUACUUGGGGAACGGGGAGGUGGGCCCCUCGGAGAAGAGUCACGGGUCAGACCCCCCUCUUCCUAGUCCUCCUCCCCCCCAGCAGGACACUGCCAAAGCCCAGCAGGCCGAGCGCCUGGCUAACGGACCCCAGGCAGCAGGCAACCGGCCUCCCUCGGAAUUGACCAACGGACCUUUGGGGCCGGGCCACGCCGCGCACGUGCUACGACAGCAACUGCUCCCCAAUUCCACCCUCCCCUCCACCGUUGGCGCUACCUCCCCGAGUCCCGCCGCCCCGCCCGCGAACGGAGUGGCCUCCGAGGCUCGAGGUCUCAAGAGACCAGCCGAUAGCGACGACCGCACCGCGGCGUCCUCGGGGAUCCCCAAUAAAGUGGGCGUGCGCAUCAUCACCAUCAGUGACCCCAACAACGCCGGCAGCAGUGCCACCAUGGUGGCGGUGCCCGCGGGAACCGACCCAAGCACAGUAGCCAAAGUAGCAAUAGAGAGCGCCACUCAGCAGAGGAACUGCUCGCCCGCACUGGCAGCUGGCUCAACGCCUACGUCUACCCCGCCUCCUGUAUCCCAGCCUGCUCCGGGGGGUAACCACAGCCCCCACCUCUCAGCACAGCAAACCCCCGCAGCACCGCCAGAGCAGAGCAGGAAAGCAGGGCAGAACUUCAAGUGUCUGUGGCAGUCCUGCAAACGGUGGUUCGAAACGCCGUCGCGGGUGUUUUACCACGCGGCGACGCAACACGGCGGAAAAGGCGUAUACGGAGGCCACUGUCAAUGGGAGGGAUGUGAACCCUUCCCCCGGCAGAGACUGUCAUUCAUCACGCAUCUACAGGAUAAGCACUGUUCUCGAGAGGCUUUGCUGGCUGGACUCAAACUAGAGGAGCAGCAGGCGCAAAGUCCCAAUCAGACUUCUUCCCAGACUCCGCCAGCGGCAGGCAGUUCUCAGACACCGCGAGCACCCAAAGCAAUCGUGAAUCAUCCGAGCGCAGCUCUCAUGGCCCUCCGCAGAGGCUCUCGAAACCUGGUCUUCAGGGACUUCACUGAUGAGAAAGAGGGACCAGUGACCAAACACAUACGACUAACUGCUGCCUUAACGUUAAAGAACAUCGCCAAGCACUCGGACUGUGGUCGCAUGCUCUGCUGUCACUGUUGUACGCCGUCUGGUAAGGACAGUUUAUCUACUCUGUGGAAAAGACAAAAUCACGUAUCACAUUGAAGCUUUGUGAUAAGG